AUGGCUAAUGCUGCUGACAUAAUGUUGCACCUACAUGAGAUGUUUGGUACAAAAACAAGGUUUGCUAAAAUAAAAACAAUCAAUGCUUUUAAGGACAUUAAGCAGAAACCUGGGGAGCUAGUUAGAGAUUACAUACUAAAAGUGAUCUCUUGUCUCAAUAAGGCAGAACUAAAUGGUGCUGAGAUAGAUGCGAAAACGCAAAUAUUAAUGAUCGUUCAUAGCUUAAAUUGGUCAUUUUCACAGUUCAAAUUAGAUUAUGAACUACACACUAAGGAUUACACCUUAAAUGGGCUAAUAAAUGAUCUCCAAAAUGUGGAGGAAGUUCUUGAUUUGAAAAAGAAACCUGAAACACAUGCAGUUUCCACUUCUAAGCCCAAACCCAAGGGUAAAAAGAAGAUAACUGGGAAUAAAAAGACUUCUAAAGGCUCAAUGGGAGCAAAGAAAAGGCCUAUGGAAAAAAAGACUACUUUAAAAGACAACAUCAAAGGAAAAUGUUUCCAUUGUGGUGUGAAAGGACAUUAG